AUGGAGCAAUUGAUUGGCAGGCUGUUCCCAGGAGUGGCAGUCAAAGACCCCAACGAGCUUUCCAAUCUUGCUGACUGUCUCGAGGAAAGCCAGGUUCAGAUACGGUUCAUGCGUGACAAGUUGUCAGUAACAGCAAAUGGUUCCACCGUGCAAUGUACGCUUGCGUCUUCGGCUGCUGCGUUGAUCCUCCAGGAGCAGCCAUCUCGCGGAUUGGACAACGAAGGUGAAAGCUUUGUUACAGCAUCAACCAAACUUCCUCCCGCUCGAACAACAUCUUUAACAAGCAGACGGCCGGCACGCAGCUGUGAGAGAAUUCUGCAAAACUCAUCAGGCACGCUGUGCUACUUCGGCCCAUCCAGUUCAAUGGCAUUUGUGAUGCAGCUUCGCGAAGAGUUGAUAUCAACGGCGACCCAGAACCCAGAGAACCUACAGCCCAAGCAGCGACGACUCCGUCAGGAGUUUGCAGCAGAUGACGGUUGCUGUACCAUGGAGGAGCCAUCUACGGCAGAUAACCUUGAAGCCCGCGCACACGGUCAGAGAGGCUCACUUCAAUGUUAUCCAGAAGAUUCAGACGAGGAUUCUAUCAGCGCCAACUUCUCUACAUCGGCGAUAUCCGAGCGACCACAAAAAUUCGUCGACUUUCUACCACCGCGAGAGGAAGUGGAGCACUUAGUUGAACUAUUUUUUGUCCACAUCCAUCCAAACAUGACCUUGUUCCACCGGCCGUUGUUUCAGAACGCUCUUGAAGGUCUUUGGACCCCAGAAGUAGAUUCCCAGGAUGUCGGAUGGUUGACCUGCUGUUGCCUCGUGCUCGUCUUCGGUUGCAAACAUUUCGCGCUUACGUCAAGUUUCCAGAACACCCCACGAUCAAGGAGCAUCCGCCACCUCCAGCAGAAGCUCGUUGAUAUGGCAUUAGGGAAUGUAGCGCAGUUGAUUCAGAGCGCUACUAUUCAGAGUGUGCAGGCACUCGCGCUUCUUUCGCUCUAUCUCAAUACCACUCGCCACAGAAACGCCUCGUGGAUCAUGAUGGGGUGUAGUAUCAGGAUGGCAAUCAGCUUGGGCAUGCAUCGGAGCGACAACGUCCUGCAACAGAAAAGCAUCCUCUCGACCGCGGUUGAAAGGGAACUGAGAAAGCGGGUCUGGUGGUCCUUGUAUAUUUUUGAGCAGUACAACAGUGCCCUCUUUGGUCGCCCCAGUGCAAUCGACGAACUAGAAACCACCACCGACUUACCUACGGAUUCGGUCCUCGACGAAGGCUACCAUCGUCCCCCAGGUCUCCUCAAGCAUGACAUAUCCCUCGCACGCAUUGUCAAUAAGAUUCGAAGAUCACAGGCAGAUCAAAGGCGAUGUGCGAGAUUUUCUGGAGGUGGGAGUGGCCCGAGCCUGGCCGAUGACCAGAUGGCGCUUCGGCUCUUGAACGAGUUGGAUACAUGGUUCGAUAAACUGCCUUCGUUCCUGAGAUUUGAUGCAUCGAAUCAGAGCCACAUAUACCCCAGCCACUUCCGACAACUCGUCACUCUACAGCUCCGCUACCAACACGCAAGACUACUAUUGACACGUUCUUUCUAUCUGAGGUUGAUGCAAAACCGAUCGUCCUCUGGCCAGCCUGCUGCUGGCCUGGAAACCGACCUGAUGGUAAAGUUCGGCGACAUUUGCGUUACUUCAGCCCUCGCUUCUUGGAGACUUGCCCGAAACUUGUGGGAAAGGGGCCAGUUCAACGGAGACAUCUGGCUCGACGGCGUCUUCUUGUAUCAGUGCGGAAUGGUUCUGUCCCUGGCGUGUCUGGACACGCGGCAGAGACCGAGUGUUACCCAGGUUGGGGAUGAUCGGAGAGUCGUCUACCACGCGAUCGAAAGUAUCCUGAGCAUGUUGCAUGACAUGCCGCUCGACAACCCCAUGAGCCGCAUGGUCCAGAUCGCAGACGACUUUUGCAACAUCGUGCGGUCUAUGAAAUCCGAACAUGCCGCAUCGGUAUGUGACAACCCUACCGUGCAAGAUCCGAGCGGCGAUCAACAGGAACCCCUGCCGUGGUCGUCUUCCAAGAACGGACAACCCGCUCGCAAUUCACCGCCGCAAGCGGGACAGUCGCGGACCAGUUGGGCUGCUGAAUCUCCCACGUCCAUGGACGCCCUGCCACCGUCAUGGGCCAGCGCCCCGCCACCGCUGGCAACUGUUGGCGGUGAAGUCACCCCGGCUGACGACGGAGACCAAGAAUUUCUGAUCUCUGCUUCUGCGUGGAACGUAGAAGGCACGCAGUUGAUAGAUUCUAUGCUUGAUUGGGACCUGUCGCAGGUCUUUGGGUUCGAUGGCGGCGGGCCCAUGAACAACCCUUUCCUCGUCUAA